AUGACUCCCACAAAUGUCACUGUCUUUACUGAAUUCUAUCUGCUGGGAUUUCCAGGACUCCAUCCACAGUAUUAUGGAGCCGUGGGAACCCUUUUGUUCUUUGUCUACUUGACACUAGCAGGAGGAAAUAUCUUUAUUAUUGCAUUUAUUGCUUAUGAAAGAAGCCUUCAGAAACCCACCUAUUUAAUCUACUGUAUUCUUGCAGUGUCUGAUCUUGCUUUUGGAACUGUCACGCUGCCUAAAGCCAUUGCAAAAUAUCUUUUCAGUAUCGACACUAUAUCAUUUCAUAGCUGUUUUGUGCAGAUGUUUCUUGUUCACUACUUAGGGAGCAUUAAUGCUUUUGUCAUACUGUUAGUGGCCAUUGAUCGGUUUGUUGCGGUGCGUAACCCACUGAGAUACUGUGUCCUUAUUACAAACAAGACCGUUUUUGUUGUAUGUAGCAUGAUUUGGACAAUGUUGAUACCUCUGAUAGCGGUCAUUGUUUAUCAUGCCUUAGAUGAGCCCUACUGCAAUUCUAACAUAAUAACCCAAAUUUAUUGUGAACGAAAUGCAAUAAUUAAACUCUCUUGUCGAGACAUAAAACAGAAAAGGCUGUUUGCAUUUUCAUGUGCCAUGUUUAUUCUUUUGAGCCCUUUGACUUUUAUUAUAUUUUCUUUUAUUGCCAUCUUCACAUCUGUUUUGAAAAUCUCAAACAUUCAGGCUCGAUAUAAGACAUUAUCAACUUGCACUCCUCAGCUUUUUAUUGUUUUUCUGUAUUAUGUCCCCAGAUGUGUUGUCUAUACAUUUGAUUUGACAGCUGCAUUCACUCCUGACCUUCGGAUUAUGUUAACUAUGUGGUACAAUCUACUUCCACCUGUCGUCAAUCCAAUGAUAUACUGCUUCAGAACCAAAGAAAUCAAAGAUGCAUUAAGGAGGAAAAUGAGACAGAGAAAAGUUAGUAUGCAGAUGGACAUGCUGUUGGGCAGAGCCUAA